AUUAUUUUUAAUUAUUAUCAUUAAUAUUAUUAUUAUCGUUACUAAUAUUUUUAUUAUGGCAAUAUUAUCUAUGGAUAUGGCAUUCGUUCUUUGGGAUGCCAGGUAGCUGCAACGAUAUUAAUGUGCUUCAUCGAUCCCCUGUGUUCGAAGACGUCUUAGAGGGUCGAACACCUCCUGUGAACUUCGUAGUCAAUGGUCAUCAUUAUACGAAUGGGUAUUAUCUUACUGAUGGAAUCUACCCUAGAUGGGCUUCUUUUGUGAAAUCCAUUACGAGUCCACAAACUCGUCAGGAUCGUUUAUUCGCAAAACACCAUGAAACUGCAAGGAAAGACGUUGAACGCGCAUUUGGGGUCCUUCAAGCUCGUUUUGCCAUUAUUAAAAAGCCGUCUUUGGCGUGGGAUACCGACAUACUCCACAAUAUCAUGCUCGCCUGCAUCAUAAUACAUAAUAUGAUCGUUGAAGAUGAACGAGAGACGUAUCAAAAUAACGUUAAUACCAAUGAGUUUAUGAAUGCUGGAGGCAACGCUAAUGAGGACAAUACCGAGUACCGUACUGAUCGUAUUGUGGAUAUCGGCUUAUACUUGUCUCGUAGAACAGAGAUUGAGGAUCAACAUACUCAUUUGCAGCUAAAAAACGACUUGGUCGAACAUAUAUGGAAUAAAUUUGGUAACAACGAAAACUUAGGCAACUAGGUUUACAACAAAUGGUUAUCCCUAAGGACAUCUUACAAAACGAUGUGUAGUUUUUUUUUUUAAAAUAAAAUGUACUAGAUUAUAGUUGUAGAACUGUAAUCACGAUUUGUACCUCUUUUUUUUUUUGUUAAUUAAAAUUAGCUGCGUUGUUGUUUAAAAAAUAUUAAUCACAAGAAUUAG